AUGACGACGCUUCUUCCUCCCACCACACUGUCACGGCCCUCCCUCCUCUCCAUCUCCUCCGCCGUUGCUCCUCGGCUCAAGAACUCGGCGGCGACUCCGGCUGCGGCAGCGCGUGGCGUCGGGAUCGACAGCAGGCGGCGGCGGCAAGGGAGAUGCUGGGCGGCGGUGGUGGAGGGGGAGACCGGCACGCAGGAGGACGGCGUGCUGUUCCCCAAGGAGGUGGCGGCGGACGGGGCCGCCAAGUACGACUGGCAGGAGGAGUGGUACCCGCUGUACCUCACCAAGGAGGUGCCCGACGACGCGGCGCUCCCGCUCACCGUGUACGACCGGCAGCUCGUGCUCUACCGCGACGCCGACGGCGUGCUCCGCUGCCACGAGGACCGCUGCCCGCACAGGUUAGCCAAGCUAUCAGAAGGUCAGCUCGUCGACGGCAAGCUGGAGUGCCUCUACCACGGGUGGCAGUUCGACGGGCAGGGCAAGUGCGUCAAGAUCCCACAGCUGCCUGACGGCGCCAAGAUCCCGCGCAACGCGUGCGCGCGCAACUACGAGGUGCGGGACUCGCAGGGCGUGGUGUGGGUGUGGAUGUCGCCGUCGAACCCGCCGGACGCCAAGAAGCUGCCGUUCUUCGAGCCGUACUCCCGGCCGGGGUUCACGGACCUGUCCACCGUGCACGAGCUCCCCUACGACCACUCCAUCCUGCUCGAGAACCUCAUGGACCCGGCGCACGUGCCCAUCUCCCACGACCGCACCGACUGGACGGCCAAGCGGGAGGACGCGCAGCCGCUGGCCUUCGACGUCGCCGAGCGCACCGCCCGCGGCUUCGCGGGCCACUGGUGGCGCGAGCGGUCGCCGCACCUCCGCAACGCGCUCCGGUUCGAGGCGCCCUGCGUGCUCACCAACACGCUCGAGUACACGGACAAGGACGGCAAGGAGCAGUGCUUCUCGGCGCACUUCCUGUGCCGGCCGGCGGGGCAGGGGAAAUCGAUGCUGGUGGUGCGGUUCGGGUCCACGGCGACCUCGCCGCUGCUGAAGGUGAUGCCCAAGUGGUACAUGCACCAGAACGCGGGCAAGGUGUUCGAGCAGGACAUGGGGUUCCUGUCGUCGCAGAACGAGGUGCUCAUGAGGGAGAAGGUGCCCACCAAGGAGCUGUACCUCAACCUCCGGUCGUCCGACACCUGGGUGGCGGAGUACCGCCGGUGGAUGGACAGGGCCGGCCACGGCAUGCCCUACUACUUCGGCCACAGCACGCUCAAGACGCCCAAGUUGCCGGCCGUCGUGGAGCAGGCGCCGGCGGGGGCCGUCGCAGGGAUCUCCGCGUCGUUCCCGGCAAAGGGCGGGCUCGGCACGCCGCACGCGCCAAACCCGACCAACAGGUACUUCCGGCACGUCGUGCACUGCAAGGGCUGCAGGGACACCGUCAACAAGUACACCGCGCUGAAGAACGCCUUCGUCGUCCUCGCCGCGGUGGCGGCGGCAGCGGCCGUCCUGGCGGCGACCAGGCAGUGGAAGGCCGUCUUGCUGGCGUCCGCCGCCGUGCUUGCUGCGGCGUCCUACGCGUGUGGCUCCGUGGUUUCUUUGAUCACAACCAAUUUCAUUAGGACACACAGAAGGCUGUGAUGAGAUUAAACACGACGCUCAUUAGUAUAUUCUAGUCUGUAGGAAUAAUUCUUCACUUUAGCCCCUGUAUAUUUGUAUCCGAGCUUAUAUGCUCCUGGUUAAAUAAAAAUA